UACGUCGUGGCUGUUGUUGUGUUUUCACGACCGCGUCCCAGCGCACCAGUCCACUUUCCGUUCGCACGCACCCGCGAGACCACGACCGCCGUCGCAUAGCCGUCUCGUCGGUCAUACGUUCCCUCUCGUCCACGGCUGCACGCGUUUCUCUCUCUCUCUCUCUCUCUCUUUCUUCCUUCGUCCCACUCGUCCGCGGUCUCACUGCUUCCUCUCGCCCUCUCGCACCGCCGCCGACAUUUCGCGCACGCGGUUCUCUUCCCGGCGUCAUUCCUCUCGACCGAUCACUACGAUCGUAACCGUCGUAUAACUCGCACGCGUCGCGCCACUCGUCGUCGUCUUCGUCACAACAAUUUUGUAGUGCACCAGCCGUUUAUUACGCGCUAUUAUCUUCGCUCGCCGUAGCCAGUUCGCGACCCCGACACACGCGCCAUGGUCCGCCUAACGAUGCUCCCGCAACCGAACAACUACUCAUACGUAUUCGAUUUCGAGGAGAACUUCCACUACGAAUGGACGCGGCAAUGGAUGACCGAGAACUGGACCAACGGGUUCUACUACUGUACCAUUUACGCCAUGGUGGUGUUCGGGCUCCGGCGCAUGAUGCGCGACCGCGCCGGGUUCCGGCUCAAAGGGCUGCUGGUGCUAUGGAACACGAUGCUGGCCACGUUCAGUCUGGUCGGGUUCGCGCGCACCGCGCCUGAAUUGUUCCGCGUGCUCAACAAAUACGGUCUGCACCAUUCGGUGUGCGUCACCAGCUUCGUCGAGGAUGACCCGGUGUCCGGCUUCUGGUCGUGGCUAUUCGUGCUGUCCAAGCUGCCCGAGCUGGGCGACACGAUAUUCAUUGUGCUCCGCAAGCAGCCACUGAUCUUCCUGCACUGGUACCAUCACAUCACCGUGCUGCUGUACACGUGGUUCUCGUACAUGGAGUUCACGGCGUCCGCGCGGUGGUUCAUCGUCAUGAACUACUCGGUGCACUCGAUGAUGUAUACGUACUACGCGGCGCGCGCCAUGGGCUACCGGCCGCCCAAGUCCGUGUCCAUGUUCAUCACGGCCAGCCAGUUGACGCAAAUGUUGGUCGGCUGCUUCAUCAACUACACCACGUACGGGUACCUGAAGGCCGGCGGGCCGCACUCGUGCCGCGUGUCCAAGCUCAACAUCAUUCUGUCGUCCACCAUGUACCUGAGCUACCUGAUACUAUUCGCCCGGUUCUUCUACAACGCGUAUAUACUCAAGUCCCGCGGCGGCGGCGCGUCCAAGAAGUCGUCCAAACAACACUAAUCGCAACGAAGACGACGACGGCGAAGGCGGCGGACGUGAAUACACCCGCGCGCACUACCCCUCCCCCUCUACUAUCGAUGUGUGCUGUCGCCAUGCAAGCUCGCGCCGAUUAUUAAUUUUCAACCACGUGCACUGAUAUAUUAUUAUUAUGAUUAUUAUUAUUACUAUUAUUUAUGAGAUAAACAU